AUGGGUUCCAACAGUGCCAUAUACAGCAUCCUUUUUUCCUUCUUCAUCACGUUGAAUGCUGUUUAUCAAUCUUCUGCAAUUGAAAUUGAAGCAAGCCAGACAGCAUCACUUUUUAUUAAUGCCUCUGAAACAUCAGCGAAGAAAAUACCCGAGACCUUGUUUGGCAUAUUUUUCGAGGAGAUUAACCAUGCUGGAGCUGGAGGAUUGUGGGCUGAGCUUGUCAGUAACCGAGGUUUUGAAGCUGGGGGUCCCAAUACACCUUCAAACAUCGAUCCCUGGUCUAUUAUCGGGGAUGAAUCGUCUUUAAUUGUAUCAACAGAACGUACAUCGUACUUUCCUCGAAAUAAAAUUGCUUUGCGAAUGGAGGUGCUCUGUGAUAAUGAAGGCACAAUUAUUUGUCCAGCUGGAGGAGUUGGUAUAUAUAACCCUGGUUUCUGGGGCAUGAAUAUUGAACAGGGGAAAACCUAUAAAUUGGUGUUCUAUGUUCGUUCAGAAGGAUCAAUUGAUUUAUCUGUGUCCUUGACGGGUUCAAAUGGAUUGCAGACAUUGGCUUCUGCUAACUUUAAAGAUUCUAAUGUUUCGAACUGGACGAAGAUGGAGGUUUUGUUGCAUGCACAAGGAACUGAUGCAAAAUCAAGACUUCAGCUCACCACGACCAGGAAAGGUGUUAUUUGGUUUGAUCAAGUAUCAUUGAUGCCUACAGAUACAUACAAGGGACACGGUUUUCGCAAUGACCUUUUUGAAAUGAUGCAAGAUUUGAGACCAGGAUUUAUCAGAUUUCCAGGUGGUUGUUUUGUCGAAGGUGAAUGGUUAAGAAAUGCGUUUCGCUGGAAAGCAACUGUUGGACCGUGGGAAGAGAGGCCUGGGCAUUUUGGUGAUGUUUGGCAUUACUGGACUGAUGAUGGUCUUGGCCAUUUUGAGUUUCUCCAGCUUGCUGAGGACUUGGGUGCAGCACCAGUAUGGGUUUUCAACAACGGGGUCAGUCACAACGAUCAAGUUGACACUUCCAGCGUCUUACCUUUUGUACAAGAAAUUCUAGAUGGUAUUGAGUUUGCUAGAGGCGAGCCUCAAUCAAAAUGGGGUUCUCUUCGAGCUUCAAUGGGACACCCGGAACCUUUUGAUUUGAAAUAUGUUGCAGUUGGGAAUGAGGAUUGCGGGAAGAAAAAUUAUAUUGGGAACUACCUCAAGUUCUACAAUGCUAUAAGAAAUGCAUAUCCAGACAUCAAAAUAAUCUCAAACUGCGAUGGUUCUUCUAAACCAUUGGAUCACCCCGCUGAUAUGUAUGAUUAUCAUAUUUAUACCGGUGCAAAUAAUAUGUUUUCCUCGGCACGAAAAUUUGACCAAGUCUCGCGCAAUGGUCCAAAGGCUUUUGUCAGUGAAUAUGCUGUGACUGGAAAUGAUGCUAGCAAUGGUAGUCUUUUAGCGGCUCUUGCUGAAGCUGGAUUUGUUAUUGGGCUUGAAAAGAACUGUGAUGCUGUUGAUAUGGCAAGUUACGCACCUUUAUUCGUUAAUACCAAUGAUAGAACGUGGAGCCCAGAUGCAAUUGUCUUCGACUCAGCACAGAUGUAUGGAACUCCUAGCUAUUGGAUGCAGCAUUUUUUCAGGGAGUCUAACGAGGAUAGCAAGAAAUACCUUAGAAUAAAGGUUGUGAAUUUCGGAAGCAACAACGUGACUCUCAAAAUAUUUAUUGAUGGAGUGGAGCUGAACUCGGUUCCAUCCCUUGGAUUGACAAAGACUGAAUUAACAUCUAGUAAUCUGAUGGAUGAGAAUUCUUUCCAAGCACCCAAGAAGGUGAUACCGGUUAGAAGUUCAAUGGAGGAUGCCAAGGGGAAAACCGACAUCGUGCUUUCUCCAUAUUCGUUUACUGCAUUUGAUUUGUUAAUGAAAUCAAACUAUAUCCAGAUCGUAGGAUCUGAUAACGCUGAUAAAUAUUCUCCAUAUUAA